GAAGAGGAAAUCCACCAUCAUAUUUAAAAUCUGUCCAAAAUCUGCCGAGAGAAGGAAUUCGUCCAUUCUGUUCUUCCCUGUUCUUCCCCUAUACUUCUCUCGCUCUCUUCCUCUCGUCCCUUACAUACAUACUUUUUGCAACAUUAAGAAUGUUAUUUGACCGCAAUAUAUCCUACUGGGCGUGUAGCUUACAGAAAGAAUUCCGUCUGAGAGGAAACGAAAUCGAAAGUGCACAAGCGAAUCUGCUCGAAAGAAACCUGACUAACCCAUGGCUUCGAAUUAUGUCACCGAAAGCAAUGACCAACCAGACGACCCAGCUUUCAGGAGCCACCGUCACCGUCAGGAGGAGUACAGCGGCUCGGAGGAGGAUGACAGCGACGGGGACUCCAGUGACACAGACUCCUCCUCGGGGAGUGACUCGGAGCUGCAGUGCGGGGCCUCUCAGCCGCGCAGGGCACGGCGACAGGUGUGCCAGUACUAUAACCAGGGCCACUGCAAGUACGGGAGGAAGUGCAGGGACCUGCAUGUCUGCAAGUACUUCAUGCAGGGAGAGUGUCGCUACGGCAGCACCUGUAAACUGAGGCAUAUCAGCAACUCCAAGUCUGAGUCCUCCUCGGAUGAAAGCCGGGGUGAGGGGCGGAGGAGGAGGAGGAACAGCUCUUCAUCCAGAGAGCGUGAGGCCAGAGACAGCAGGCCCUACACUUGGCAGUUAGACAGCGGAAACGGCUGGAAGGACAUCGCUAACGACCACAUCAUCGAGGCGCAGUACUCGCGACCCAGCGUCAAAGGAAUCAACCUGUACAACACCCGCUUCGGGAAGAUCUCCAUCGAUUUCAGCAGAAUGAAGGUCCGUAAAAAAAACCAGCUGAGAAUCAGACGCUGCAGCUCCAAGCACAGUGGACUGGAGACGGAGUGGGUCUGGUACUACAAAGGGAACCAUGACUGGAUACCGUAUGGUCAGAAGGACUCCAAGGGCAACGCCGCCUCGGUGACCAACUCCCAAAUCGAGAGGGAGUUCCAGAGCAGGAGGAAGAGCACCCUCAGGUUCACCGUGGACAAGACCGACUACCAGAUCAACUUCAGGGACAUGCGUCAGCAGAACUUGUCCAGCGGACAGAGGAGGAGGGUGGCGAGACGCCCUCGAUAUCGGGGACCCCAGGACGGAGGCAGAGGUCAUUCACCUGGAUCUGUGGUGUCCCCCAUGAAGAAGCUGGGCGUGUCUUCAUCGGGCGGGGGCCCCACCUGGCAGUUCAAGGGAGACCAAGGGAAGUGGCACGACUUCAAGCAAGGGAGAGGGAGGGACACAGAGUGCUCUGUCUCCAGCGCUGAUAUAGAGGCUGAGUACCAGCGCAAUCCACAGGGCUCCAUGCGCUUCUCUGUGGGCAAAAAGCGCUACACCCUGGACUUCAGAGCCAUGAGACAGACCAGCGAGGUCUCACACAAGACCCGUGUGAUCCGACGGAUGCAGCAGUGAAGGGAGACCUGCCACAGUGAAGAAGAAAAUUUCCACUCAGCUCACAAGUAGCCGUGAACUCAGAACUGCCUGAAGAUUGCAUGUUUACUUUAAAUACAUGGACUGGGCUAUUUUAGAUAGUAUUACAGGACUGGGCUAUUUUAGAUGUUUCUGUGGUUUACAGUAUUUGCACACAGAUUAAUGAGAGGUACACAUAUAUUGGCAUUGAUGAAUGACUCCAGGUAGAAAUCAACACUUAACUGCCACUGAACAGUCUUCUUAAAAACACACACAUUUGCAUACAUACACCCACAAACACAUAUUACCUCUAUCUUUUUAUGCAAUAUAGGGACAUAUAUGCAA